CAAGUGCAGCAGUGGCAAAACAGGAGGAGGAAACAGAGGCAGGGACAUCUGCAGAUUCACCAAACUGAGCCAGAGAGACUGAGGGAGAGUUGUUGGAGCUUGUUAAGGAGCACACACAGUUCCAGGAAGACAUGGAAAGCACUGGACCAAUUCAGGGUGCCAGCUCUUUGCCAAGGAGGACACCACUCCUCUUUUUUGGCUGCAUGUUCAUUGAAUAUCUGAUGCCAUCGCAUCCCAUGGGAGAUAUGCGUGGCUGAAGCAAGGAGGGAGGUAAAAGAGAGAGACCCACCUGAAGCUCACACCUACCGCCUCCCUGUACCGUAACGCUCUGAGGAAAGAAAGUUUUUUGUGUCUGACACCUGAAUCCUGGGAUGCUGGUGACAAUGCUGUUGGCUCCUCUUUGUGUGCUACUGAUGCUAGGGGGGCGCGCUCUUGCUGGAGGCUACCCCCCAAUACCCCACAUGAAGUACAUGCAACCCAUGAUGAAAGGACCUAUUGGACCCCCAUUCCGAGAGGGCAAGGGGCAUUAUGUCGAUAUGCCACCCAUGAUGGAAGUGAAGGGGGAACCAGGACCCCAAGGAAAACCUGGACCAAGAGGCCCACCUGGGCCAGCAGGAACUCCAGGGAAACCUGGACUGGGGAAACCAGGUCUCAAUGGCCAGCCAGGCCCCCAGGGACCUCCUGGUUUUCCAGGUAUUGGUAAGCCUGGACUUCCAGGUCUUCCAGGAAAGAUUGGUCCGAAUGGGAUACCAGGACUUAAUGGUGAGGUUGGCCCUCGUGGUGAACCAGGUCCUAGAGGUCCUCCAGGGCAGCCUGGCCUCCCUGGCCCAGCUGGCCUGUCUCUGAAUGGGAAACCUGGGCUUCCAGGCAUCAGAGGGCCCCCUGGGGCACGGGGUGAACAAGGAAUAAAGGGUAUUUCUGGCCCACCAGGUGAGCGUGGGCUUAAGGGUGAAAAUGGAAAUGGUAAAACAGGGACUCCAGGUAUAAGGGGUCCUCCUGGGCUAAAAGGCAGUACAGGACCAUCUGGUCUUCCAGGUAUAGGCAAACCAGGACCAAAAGGUUUGCCUGGACUGCCUGGUCUAAAAGGUGAUCAAGGACUGCCAGGGGAUCAUGGGGAACCAGGAGAUGCUGGGGCUCCAGGUACUCAAGGUCUCCCAGGGCCAGUUGGGUUAGGGAAACCUGGGAUAGAUGGACUGCCAGGAGCACCAGGUCCACUAGGACCAAAAGGUGAGGCGGGAACCAGGGGUUCUCCUGGAUUUCCUGGGCCUCCUGGCUAUGGUAAACCUGGUCUGGGUGGACCAAAAGGAGAAAAAGGCCAUGGUGGGUUGCCUGGUCUCCAAGGAGACAAAGGAGAGCAAGGGAUGGUGGGCCCAGUUGGGGAGCCUGGACUUGAUGGACAACCAGGACCAUCAGGACUUCAAGGCCCAAUGGGACUUCCAGGAAAACACGGAAUGCCAGGACAGAAGGGAGAGCUUGGGCCCCAGGGCCCUCCAGGUCUGCCUGGCCUCAGAGGUGACCAAGGCCCCAGUGGACCAUCUGGUAAACCGGGCAUCCCUGGGGAUAAAGGAAUCCCUGGGCUUAAUGGUCCAAUUGGAAAACCUGGACCCAAGGGUGAAGCAGGGCAUAUUGGCCUACCUGGGAAUCCAGGGUUGACAGGUGGCUUUGGGCCUAAAGGUGAGACUGGGUUUAUGGGAACUCCAGGCCCCAGGGGCCAAUCAGGCAUUCCUGGUCUUCAGGGGCCUAUGGGUCCCAUGGGGCCACAGGGUGCUCCAGGCACAAAGGGUGAACCUGGGCUUCCAGGUCCUCCAGGACUGGGUAAGUUGGGAGACAAAGGAACCAUAGGUCCCCAAGGUCCUCCAGGGAAAGCGGGCCCCGCUGGCCUUAAUGGUAACCCUGGCCCACCAGGGCCUCCAGGGCCACCUGGUCCUCCAGGAAAUGGCCAAACAGUUGUUGCAGGGCCAACAGAUUCACAGUUGGAAGGGGACGAAGUACCAGGGGACAGGAAGGGGUCAGUGUACAGUCAAGUUCCACUCUCUGCCUCUGUAGCACCAGCCUUCACAGCCAUCCUCACCACACCUUUCCCUCCCUCUGGCAUGCCAAUCAAAUUUGACAGGACCCUAUACAACGGGCAAAAUGCCUACAGCUCUGCUAAUGGCAUGUUCACUGCUCCUUUAUCUGGUGUCUACUACUUUGCGUACCAUAUGCAUGUAAAGGGAACUAGCCUGUGGGUGGCAUUGUACAAGAACAAUGUACCAGCUACUUACACAUACGAUGAAUACAAGAAAGGCUACAUGGACCAGGCGUCUGGUAGUGCUGUCCUCGAGCUGAAGGAGGGUGACCAGGUAUGGGUCCAGAUGCCAUCGGAUCAGGCAAACGGCCUCUAUUCUACAGAGUACAUCCACUCUUCCUUUUCAGGAUUCCUGCUCUGUCCCACAUAACCAUAUCCUUUCCUUCAAAUAUGUUCCUGACCUUGCCUCUCAGAGCAGCCCUAAACCUAAAAUACCUGCAGCCCUAAUAGAAACACAAAACAAAUACAAUUAUCAAUAUUAUUGCCAUCAUCUUCAAAUAUCUCACUCUCAACAACAUGAAUGAAAGAGAAAACAAACUGUGUGAAUGAAAUAGAGAGUUUAAAAAAAGCAGGGGAUGGACUUUCAUACUGUGUUCUUUGUUUCAAUGUCUUUCAAAUGUGCGUUUUGGGUUGUAUUUUAUGUUGUUGUUUUUAGCUUAAUUAUUAUAUUGUCAUAAUUUUAUUGUUAUUAUUUGGUCCUUGUCAUCAUUGUUAUUGUUUAUUGGAUUCAGACUAUUGAGUGCCUUACUUUGUAAUGUGCUAGUAACAGACCUCUCUGUGUGACUGCACAUCCUGCCCAAAAGCGCUGACAUUAUAAAAACAACAUCACCAGACUCUAAGGGGUGACUGGUUCCUCUAGCUGCAGUUACUUUCCCCUCACCUUUUAUUUAAACCGUGAAUACUGACAUCAAAAUAAUACGAUACAAUACAAUGUAGAAAAUGUAGACAAAGAAUAACAAAAGAAGUAUUUAGUGCUGCAAUACCAUUACUUUGCAUUUUUCUUUUGUUUUAAGUAUUUGGUAAUGAGAUAAAAUCUUUGUUUUUGUGUGAGAUAUAUAUAUUUUUGACAUUUUGUCAUGAGCAUCUGUCAGGUGCUUAUUUCUCUUCUGGUUUUAAUAGCUGACCAUUUAAAAUAAUGGGUCUUUGUCUUUCUUACAAUUUAACGAACUGUCUAGAAAUGUUAUCCAAAAAAUACAAUCCAAGAAAAGGGCCUCACAAUAUUAGAAUGAUUACAUUUAAAUUGCCAUUGUAAAGAGGAUUAACGGCACCAUGCAAAGACAAUAAAUGAGAAUUUUAUGUAUGUAUACAGUCAAUGUUUACAUGCGAUAGAAUAGAUACUGAAGGCAACUGCACAUGAAUUUUAAGGACAUGACUACAGAUUGAUCGACCUUGUAUUGACCGGAUUUUUCCCAUUUGCACCACAGAUCCCAUCACUGUGUCAUAGGCAUCAUCUUCACAUUAUUUUCCAUUGUUAUUCUGCCUAUCAAUAAAUCAGUAUCACAUUAAAUAUCAAAGUCAGUAAACUUUACUUCGAUACUAUAAAAGUCCAAUUCUGAUCAGAUAUUACAUAUUACCUGUGAAGAUGCUGUAAACGUAUUCCUGCUCAUAUAUAAGAAGGCAAACAAUAUUAAAUAUCAGAACUUUUUCCUUCAAUGCCAGUUUCUGUGUGACUUGUUUCCGGGCAAAUGAAAGCAAUUCUGAAUCUUUUGUAGAUCUGAAUGGAAAAAAUUGUUCUAAAAAUUCCCAAACCAUUGUGUGGGAUAUAGCUGAAUUAUUUAGCUUAACUGAACAUCUGUGGCUACAUGAACCGAAUUUGUCACAGAACACAGCUGGAAAUUAGAUUUGAUCUGCAUUUUUCUCUAUGAAUAAGUAAAGGGACUUGACUGAAGCCCACAGGUUGUGAAAUAAAGGUUGUGUAACAUUUAACAAAUCCCUGCCAGGGUUAGGUGGUAGGCCAGUGGUGAGAGCUGUGUAUUUACUCAUUUCUGUCGUUAAAGAUAGACGCUGUGUGUGUGUGUUUGUGUGUUUGUGUAUGUGUGUGCGUGUGCAUGUAUGUUCUAGUAGGUGUACCUUUCUUUCUGUCACUCUGUCAAUACGUGUAAGUCCAUGCAUAUUUGUGUGUCGUGGUGCCCCUGGCAUUUAGGUCAUAAACACUUCAGUAAAGGUAAUAAUAAACAAGUGUAGUGACAAAAUGUGAGGAAGAAUCCUGUUAAUGUUCCACAAGAAAUCUGUUUCAGUGUCCAUUGGGGUUUGAAGGAAAUUCCCCAAUUUUGAACAUUGCCUUUUUGCUGCAUUUAUCACAAUAUCUGUGCCUUUACCUGCCUUAGCUCAGACAGGAUUCCAAUCAAACUUGUGACGCCCAAACACUAUCAUUACACUGAAUUAUGACUACCUUACUCCCUGAUGGAGGAAUUUCAAAGUAUGGGAGGACUGUGCCAAACUGAGCUUAGCAAUACCAAUGAGUGUCUACCAUUUGACCAAUUUUCAAUACUUUCUCUAAACCAUGCAGUGUUACUUUACAUAAACAGUUAAGUUGCUCUAGAAAAGCAGUCCUAGGAGAAAGCAAAAUCAGAAAUUUACAUAAAUGAAAUGCAAACAAUGCACUUGCUCCUUUCUUUCUAAUAACAAAAAUACAUCUCCAACUGCUAUUUUACAUUAUUAUGUGGGUCUACAAGACAGUCUAAGGCUUGUUAUUACUUGUAUGUUGCCUUUUAUGCCAUUUGUUUUUUUGUUUAACAUAUGACAUAGUGAUGUGAGUAAUACGUGGCUAAUUCUCGCUGUCCUUAUGUUUUCAUAGACAAUGUCACUUGGUUGCAGAGUUUACCUUGUUUGCAAAUCAUUUAACAAGUGAAGUUUCAGUAAAAUCAAUGUAUCUUCUCAAACACAAAUUCCUUGUUUUUUUCUGUACAAAAAUGAACACAAAAAAAGAAAAUAAAAGACAACCUCUCUUCGGUUCUUAAGGGAUAUUUGUUUGUUUUAGUUUCAAGUAAUACAAAUGGUCAUUCCCAUUUGCACAUGAAAUUAAUGAAGAUGUAUUUAUACAUUUAUGAUAAUUUAAUAGGGAUGCCAAAACAGACCACCGAAGCCUAGAACGUAUAAAUCGUAUUUAACGGCAUUGAUGAGUUAAGAGCAUUUACUGUUUUCUAGUUAGCAUUGUAUUGUUGUUUGUGAAGGAUUAUUUGUGGACUUUUUAUUUUCUAUUUGUGUAAUGUACAUGUAUCAACGUAUAGGAUUUUUGUCAUACAAGGCUAUUGCGUGCACGUUAUGCAAUAGAAUUUGGGUAUAAAAUGCACUCUUUUUGAUUGAUGUUUGUCUGCUUAUACAAAAUCUACAGUACUUGAUUGUAUUGAUACCACAUCAAUAAAAACUUUCUUUUA